AUGGUGAAGAAGAUGCACUCAAAGAACUGGAAAGCUCCCACGAAGACCCCCGAUGGCGCAAUGCUCGAAUGGUCGGUCGCUGAGCCCUUUGAUUCUGAUGCUUUUAUCACCAUUAUGAACGUCAUCCACGGGCGCAACUCGAGGGUACCCGGAACCGUCGACUUGGAGGCGCUAGCAAAGAUGGCUGUGGUUACAGACUAUCUCAUGUGCCAUGAAGCGAUGGAGCUAGUAUCAAGAACGUGGAUAGAGAGCAUAGGAUCGGAUCUUCCGACGCUCCUAAACCGGGAUUUGGUUCUUUGGCUUCUUGUAACCUCCGUUUUUAAAAACCCGGUCCGAUACAGACAAUUAACACGGACAGCCAUACUCGAAAGCGAGGCUGAGGUUCCGACUCUUGGCCUACCUAUCAGCUCGAAGAUUAUUGGUGAUAUUGAAGAAAAGCGGCAAUGGUGGCUCAACGACGCUUUUACCGCCAUGUAUAACGCCGCCGAUCUCCUGCGGAGCGGCUCUGCCUUUGCAACGAAACAUGCGACAUGA